GUCGCGGCCCGGCGCAGACGGUGGCGGGGGGCGGCGCGGGGCGAGGCGUUUCUAGAAUGUGAAGGAAUUAAGAGAACAGAGGAGAAUCAAAGAUCAUGAGGAGAAGAGUAAGUGCAGGUGUCAGGAUUUAGGUGGACGUUGUUUGAGGACUGGAGGAGCUGCUCUCUACCUCCCAGCGGGUGUUGAGCGUGGUUUGGACAGGCCUGCUGAACUGCUUGUCAUGUAGAGCAAUGCCCGCUCCUCAGCACGCGUUAGCCAGGGAGAAAGAACUGAGAGAGGGUCUCACAUGCGGCGGGAACACGGUUGCCUGAACGACUGCGUGUAGCCUGGCCUCUGGAUUUAGGAGGCAAAACUUUGCUCACUUAAGCAAUGGGUCAAGAAGCUGGCAAACCUGCCUGGCCCAAACCGGCAGGAGGCUAUCAGACUAUUACGGGUAGAAGAUAUGGAAGAAGACAUGCUUAUGUCAGUUUUAGACCAUCUUUGACCAGCCAAGACAGGAAUGGACACCAACUCGGUGGAGAAUGCGAAGGAUUAGAGCUGGACGAUGUUCAGAAAGAGAAGUCUUUGUGUUCCAGUCCAUUGGUUCAAGUUUGUUCUGGUUUAUCGGAUGAGCCUUUGUUAGAAAAUGUUGGAACUGGAGCACCGGUUUGUCGAACUGUAUCGAGCCAAACUUUUGAGACGAACACUUCAUUUUCUCUAGUCUCUUACAGUCUGGAAGGCAACCAAAUCUCAGGGAACAUUAUGAAUCCUGAUAAAAUUUCUGAGGACCUUGCAGAAUAUGCUUCUGGAGAGUGUAGUGAUUUGAAUAGCCAGAAUGGAAUUGCUUUUGUAAACAUUGACUCUUAUGAGCCAGAUAGCAGUGAUGGAGAGGAUGAUGAUGGCCAAGGUAAUCUUUCCUUGGCAAAAGAAGAAGCAGGUGUAUUUCAGGAAACACUAGAUAACAUGCUUUCUGAGUUAGAAAAAGGUGUAGGGUCUUUUUCUGACUUACAGUCCCGGUUAUCCAGUCUUAACCACAGUGUUUCUAGGGAAUGUUGUGAAGAAGUGGGACCAGUGCCUUUAAUGAAAUGUUCUAACAGAGAUUCAGAUUUGGCCCAUCAAAACAACCGGACAUUUAAAAUAUCUUCUGCUGAAGAUCAGACUAUACUGAAAAAUAACCUGAGUAUUGCCAGUUGUGAAACACAACAGACAAAAGAUAUAGUGGAUGUUGGAAUCAGGACCCCUAUUUGUAAUGAAUUAAAUGUCAGUGAUGGAAAGACUGAUCAAGAGAAUUCACCUGAACUGGUAGUGAGACCCAAAAUUAGAAAACAAAAUCCUACAAAUCAGUUGGAUAGGAAGAAGCUUCUCGCUAAUGAUGAUGAAGAGAAGAGCAGUUCUAGGAGGCGAAGUGAAAUUGCUGAAGUCCAUCAUGGCCAUGCAGAGUGUGCCUUGAAGAACAGCAAAGAAAAAAUGAGUUCCAGUAUGUUCUUUGACCCAAGAGACUAUGAAGAUGCACAGAAAAAUGCAAAAAUAGACCUACGGAAAAAUGUGACUGCUCAGGAAAGGAAAACUGUGUUAGAUGAUAACACUUUCUGGGAUGAGUUUGAAGACUGCAGCAGACACUUCUCAAUGUCCCACAAAGAUGAAGACAGCUCGGAGUGCAGUGAUGGAGAAUGGUCUGCGUCUCUGCCUGCGUAUUUGGCUGCUACCGAUAAAGACCAGUCCUCCAGCGAUGAGAGCUGGGAGACUCUCCCAGGCAGGGAGGAACAUGAGCCUGAAGUGCAGAGCAACAGCAGUGGCCUAGAAGAAGAGAACACAGACUUCUGUUUCCAAGGAGGGGAACAGACUCCUUUGGAGGAAGGAGAGAUUCCUUGGUUACAGUACCAUGAAGAAAUAGAAAGUAGCAGUGAUGAGGAAGAUGAUCCAGUUAGUCAUUUUGUGCAUCCUGGCUUCUUUAUGUUGGAUGGGAACAACAACCUUGAGGAUGACUCCAGCAUGAGUGAAGACCUGGAUGUGGAGUGGAGACUACUCGAUGAAUUUGGGGAUGGCCUAGGAGUUGCUCAAGCCAUUUCAUAUGUGGACCCUCAAUUUCUCACAUAUAUGGCGUUAGAGGAACGCUUAGCACAAGCUAUGGAGACUGCUCUGGCACAUUUGGAGUCUCUGGCUGUUGAUGUUGAACAGGCUCAUCCACCAGCAAGUAAAGAAAGUAUAGACUGCCUGCCACAGAUUAUUGUCACAGAUGACCACAAUGCUGUUGGCCAAGACCAGUGCUGUGCUAUUUGUUGCAGUGAAUAUGUAAAAGAUGAAAUCAUAACAGAGCUACCCUGUCAUCAUUUCUUUCACAAGCCUUGUGUAACUCUUUGGUUACAGAAGUCGGGAACAUGUCCUGUUUGUCGUCAUGUGCUUGCACCCAUGCUUUCUGAAGCAGCAGCUGCCACUGCCUCCUUUCUGUCUGAUCAUGAUUCCUCAUCGUCUGUUCACAGUGCGACAGGAACUCCAAACUAGGGUCUGAAACGAAGUCUUGGCCACCAAAAUAAAAAUGUAAAUUUCUCCUGUUUAAUUACAAUGUGAAAACAGUUAAAUAUAAAAUAUUAUCUGUAAAAUAUUAUAUAUAUAUAUAUAUAUAUAUAGUAUAUAUUUUAGUUUAGAAAGAAGAUGUAAGACUUUCUAAACUAUUUAGGUUUACAACAAUAACUGAAAUUUUCAAACUGAAAGUUGGAAAAAUGUGCACCCUUUUUUUGCAGUAGAAUGUUGCUGUUAACCAUAAUAUCUAAAGCUUGUAUUAUGAUAAAUUUGUCCAAAAAGAUAAUUAAUGUGGCACUUUAUGUGUUCAAGUUCUUGCAACUGCAGUGCAGUUGGAGCAUUAUUAAAGUUAUGCUUAUAACCUGUUUUACAUUGUAUAACCAAACUGUUUGUUUUUGUCAAAGUUAGUGCCACUGAGUGACUUUGUAAUUGAUCUCUCAUAUUUGCAUCAAAUGUGAAGAUGUUCUGUGAUCACAGCAGUAGCAGAAUUUGGUUUCACUGGAAAUAAAUUGCAUAAAGGAACAAUAUUUCUUAUGAAUUUAUUCCAUAAUAAACUUUUUCCAGAUGUCAGAA